UCUCUGAAGCUGGAAAAUAAAGCAAAAGGGAAACUUCAAAAGCAGAUAUGUCAAGUCGUUCUGGAUCAUUUUGAGAAGCAGUACACAACAGAACUGGGAGAUGCCUGGACCAGUGUCAGAGAUGUGCUCACGUGCCCAUCGUGCUGGCAGUACGCUGUCCUGCUUAACAAGUUCAGCCAGCCGACUGAAGUGGAGAACACCUUGCACGCGAAGGGAUAUCAUCCUGCCUUUCGUGGGCCUUUGCCCUACCUGCCGGCGGCGUUGAAGUGUUACGUCAAGACAACUCCAGGGAGGUUCCCUGCACAAAAGCACCAGGCAGGCAAACUGAAAGAGUAUUACCUGCUCAACGCUGCUUCGCUGUUGCCAGUGCUGACGUUGGAAGUGAAAGAUGGGGAGGACGUUUUGGAUCUGUGUGCUGCCCCAGGGGGUAAAGCGGUAGCCAUGCUGCAGUGCGCCUCCCCAGGUCAGUUUCACUGUAAUGAGUACGAUGAUUUGAGAUCAAGAUGGUUGAAAGAGACAAUAGAAUCCUUCGUCCCGCAUCCUUUGAUUAACUUAAUGACGGUCUCUAAACUGGAUGGUAGACAAAUUGGAGAUCUUAAGCCAGAAUUAUAUGACAAGCUACUGGUUGAUGCUCCUUGUUCGAAUGACAGAAGCUGGCUAUUCUCUUCUGAUAUUCAGCAAGCUACGCUUAGGCUAAUACAAAGGAAGGAGUUAUCAUCUCUACAGUUCCAGCUGCUAAGGUCUGCUAUUAGAGCGUUGCGUCCUGGUGGAUCUCUGGUCUAUUCUACGUGCACUCUCUCCAAGGCAGAAAACAGCGAUGUAAUAGAUCUCAUUCUAAACUCCUGCAGUAACGUUGCACCUGCAGACAUCAGUGAAAUGGCCAGAGCUGUUUCUCAGGAAUUCACUUUCCUCAGUGGUAUGCAACAGCAUGAACUUCUGGUUCUCCCAGAGAAAGGGAGAGCAUGGGGUCCGAUGUACAUAGCUAAAUUAAAGAAAAUGUAG